AUGCCCACCGAUACAAAGAGAGUUGAUGCUGAUGCAUCAGAGCUACUCUCUAGUCUUUCAUUAUCCAAGUCUGGAGAUAAACCAAAGGAAUCAAAAGACAAACCAAAAGAAUCAGGAGAUCAAGAUGCCCCAGCCGAAAAGCUAGUGGAAAAAGUGACCGAAUCACCCAACGCAUCAUCCAACGAAUCAGCGCCAACAUCCAGCUCUACAGAGUCUACUGAGACAAAGACUGAGUCAGAGACAAACUUAAUAUCCAACCUGUAUGAGGUGCAAGUUAAAUUAGCCGACUUGCAAGCUGAUCCAAACUCACCACUAUAUUCGGUAAAAUCUUUUGAUGAGCUUGGACUUAAGCCAGAGUUGCUCAAAGGUUUAUACGCCAUGAAGUUUAACAAACCAUCGAAAAUUCAAGAAAAGGCGUUGCCGUUGUUGAUUUCAAACCCACCGAAAAACAUGAUUGGACAAUCACAAUCAGGUACUGGUAAAACCGCUGCAUUUUCAUUAACCAUGUUGUCUCGCGUUGACGAAAACAUCAAAGAACCACAGGCCAUAUGUUUGGCUCCAACAAGAGAGUUGGCAAGACAGACAAUGGAGGUGAUAACCACAAUGGGGAAAUUCUCAUCGAUUACUACCCAAUUGGUUGUUCCUGAGCUGGUACCUAGAGGACAAAACGUUCAUGCGCAGAUUAUUGUUGGUACUCCUGGGUUGGUGAAUGACUUGGUUAAUAGACGACACAUCAAGGUUGAUCAGGUCAAGGUGUUUGUACUUGAUGAAGCUGAUAAUAUGUUGGAUGCACAAAACUUGGGUGAUCAAUGUGUCAGACUCAAGAAGAGAAUACCGCAAACGGCGCAAUUGGUAUUGUUUAGUGCAACGUUCCCAGUUCAAGUUAGAAAAUAUGCUGAAAGAUUUGUUCCCAAUGCAAAUUCGUUAGAGUUGAAGCAGGAGGAGUUGAAUGUUUCCGGUAUCAAGCAAUUAUACAUGGACUGUAAUUCAGAGGAACACAAGUUUGAAGUCUUGUGCGAAUUGUAUGGAUUGUUGACCAUUGGAUCUUCGAUUAUCUUUGUUGAGAAAAAGGAAACCUCGGAGAAGUUAUGGCACAGGAUGAGACAAGAGGGGCACAAGGUUUCAUUAUUGCAUGGUAGUUUGCAAGCCGGUGAUCGUGAUCGUUUAAUUGAUGAUUUUAGAGAAGGUAGGUCCAAGGUUUUAAUCACGACCAACGUUCUUGCUAGAGGUAUUGAUAUUGCCUCGGUGUCAAUGGUGGUUAAUUACGACUUGCCAGUUACCGGACCACAGCGAGAAGCCGAUCCUUCCACUUAUUUGCAUAGGAUUGGAAGAACUGGAAGAUUUGGAAGAGUUGGCGUUUCUGUUUCAUUUGUCGCAAGCGCACAUGAUUUGAAGGUGUUGCAAGACAUUCAAGCAUAUUUUGGUGGUAUCGAAAUGACUAGAGUACCAACAGACGAUUGGGAUGAGGUUGAGGAGAUUGUGACAAAGGUUAUAAAGAGUAAGUAG